AUGGCAGACACCUCAGCUCCAAAAGAAGGUGGUGAACCCAUAGUGUUAGAAACUCCAAUGGAUUUUUUAACUAAGCUCCUUCCAGCCAUGCAACAACAGCAGCUGGAAGCAAUCACAGCCCUAGGAGAAAAAUUUUCUACUUCCUUGAACAGCCUCCGAGCCGAUGUUUUAAACAAUGAUAAUAACUUCCAUGUGGACCGCAGUGGAGACAAUUCUCCUGGUCUGAGUCAUGGUGCAGAUAAACAAAAUGAAGCAAAUGCUUCCAUAUCUGCAGAUCACCCUAGAGGAAGGAAAAGAUCCAGGUCUUCAUCAGCAGACUCUUGCCUCAGUCAUGUAGAAUCUAGUUCUUCUACUAGGAGGUCUAGUAAAAAAGAUGUUGAUGCCAUAAGUACAUCAGCAUCCAACCAAUUGUAUGAUGGUUUAAUGAAUGAAAUGCUGGGGCAAGAAGACAACCAGUUAGAGGACCCAGACCAAGAUGUCUGGUCUGACCUCAUUAAAGAGUAUAACCAUGAGGACUCCUUUGGCACAGAAAGCUGCAAUAAACCUAUAUGGGCCAAGGCAGACAGCAAAAGAUCAAAUGAUCUGGUAUUGCAGAAACUGCAAACCACUGUUUCGAAAAGCCAAGUGCAUAUCUUACAAUUGGCAGACCAAAUUAUUAAGGCACCCAAACAAGGAAACCUUAUUGUAAUAGAACCAUCCAUUUUAUUAAAUUUGGCUAAAGAUGCUCUUUGUCUAAUCGGUAACGCCAACCAGCAGCUAAAUCAGUAUCGAAGAGUCGGAUUAAUCGGUGCAAUGCCUCGCCUAAAAGGAUUGGCAAAGGAUGUGUCUGAAGAAGACUUGUUGCUGUUUGGAGAUGAUUUGGACAAAAGAAUCCAAUCAUUGCAAGAUGAGGAGAAAACUAGUAAGGUGCUCUCACGACCAUCUACACCAUAUUCAAAAAAUAAUUUUAAAAAGUACAAACAGCCAUCCUCCAGUUAUUCCUCCUCUGCAAAGUAUAACCAGUCAAAAAACGAGAAGACCUUCUCAAAAGAUCGAAACCACUCCCUGAGAAGGUACACUCAAACCCUGAAGUACAAAGGGUACAAAGGGAGAAAACAAUGUGUCCCAGUGUCAUCUUACCACCCAGUGAAGUUUUCACAAAAAGAUUGUAUAACUAUAAGUAAGGAAAUUCAACAACUUUUACAAAAGAAGGCAAUCCAGCAGGUACAAGCAACAAAUAACUGUUUUCUUUCAGGUAUAUUUAUUGUCCCUAAAAAAGAUGGUAGCUCAAGAAUGAUUAUCAACCUUAAACAGUUAAAUAGAUCUGUCAGAUAUCGCCAUUUUAAAAUGGAAACACUGCAAGAUGUUUUAUGUCUUAUCAAACCAGGUGUUUGGAUGGGAAGUAUUGACUUAAAGGACGCAUACCACAGCAUCCCUUUUCAUAUUGACUUCCAAAAGUUCUUAGCUUUUUCUUGGGAUGGACAAUUUUACCAAUUUCUAGCUUUACCCUUUGGAUUUGGUCCAGCUGUUAGGAUCUUCACCAAAGUUCUUAAAGCACCCUUUAAAGUACUAAGAGGGGCAGGUCAUGUAUCUGUUGUAUAUAUAGAUGAUUCUUAUUUGCAAGGUGAUACUUAUGAAUCAUGCCAAAGAAACAUUACGGCAACUGUCUCACUUUUGAGCAGCUUAGGAUUUACUGUACAUCCAAACAAGUCAAUUCUUGUGCCUACCCAAUGUAUGGUGUUUUUAGGGUUUGUGUUAAACUCUGCUCAGAUGACAAUAGCCUUAAGCGAGGAAAGGGUCAUAAAAUUAAAGUGUCUAUGUAAGGACUUGCUGUACAUGCAUCACCCCACAGUUAGGUUUGUUUCCAGGGUUAUUGGAACAUUAGUUUCUGCCUUUGAUGCCGUGAAGUAUGGCAAGUUACAUUACAGGUCCUUGGAGACAGAUAAGAAUCUAGCACUCAAACUAGGCCAUGGAAAUUUUGAUUCAAAGGUUUUUAUUUCAGAGUUUUCUAUUAAGGAUUUACAGUGGUGGCUCACAAUGGCUCAGUUUACCAGACCUAUACAAUUGCCUAAAAUUGAUCUUAUUUUAUCCUCUGAUGCUAGUCUUCAAGGAUGGGGUGGCACUGACGGAAACUCUCAAAUAGGGGGGCGUUGGUCUGAAGGAGAAUUACCUGAGCAUAUCAAUACUUCAGAGUUGUUGGCUGCAUUUUUUACACUCAAAGCCUUCUUGAAAAUAAGACAUUAUAGACAUGUUCAGUUAAGAUUGGAUAACACCACAGCUGUGGCCUACAUAACAAAGAUGGGGGGCCUUCACUCCAUUGCUUGUAAUAAAUUGGCUGUUGAAAUAUGGGAAUUUGCUAGAACAUGUGAUGUUUGGUUAUCAGCUUGUCAUAUACCUGGUGAUAACAUUGAAUGGUCCUUGAAUGUAAAACAAUUUAACAUAAUUUCCGACAUUUUUUGGAAAUUUGAUAUUGACCUUUUUGCAUCCAGACUCAAUGCAAAAUGUGAGGAUUAUUUUUCUUUAAGACCUGAUCCAGAUGCUAAAGCUGUAAAUGCCUUCGCUCAGACCUGGUCGAAUUUAAACUUUUAUGCCUUCCCACCAUUUAAUUUGAUUGGAAAAGUUCUUGCAAAGAUAAAUAUAGAUCAAGCCACAGGCAUUCUUGUAGUACCUUUCUGGUCUUCGCAGCCUUGGUUUUCUCAAGCAAUUAAUAUGUUAUACAGGACACCUGUGUUAUUUCCUCCUUCAUCUAGAUUAUUGUUUCUACCGGGAACAAAAAGACAACAUCCUCUACACCAAACCUUGUCGCUGCUCAUGCUGCCUGUCUCCGGGAAUCCAUCAUGGAGAGAAGGUACCCAGAAACAAUACUCGGGUCCAAUCAGACGAUGGAUACAAUAUUGCACUGGGAGGUCGAUUGAUCCCUAUCAUCCAAAUGUGAAAGAUGUGUUCAUACACCUUACUGAAUUAUUCAAAGGUGGAUCUGGAUAUAGUGUUUUAUGUACAACUAGAAGUGCUAUUGCUUCAGUUGUUUCAAUCAGUGGUUACAGUUCUCUUUCAGAGCAUCCAUUGAUAAGCCGUUUUAUAAAAGGAGUUUUUAAUAUAAGACCAAGUACCCCCAAAUACUCUUUAAUAUGGGAUACAAAUGUUCUUUUGACUUAUUUAAAGUCUCUUAGUCCUAACAAAGAUUUAUCCUUUAAGGAUAUUAACAUCAAGCUGGCUUGUCUCCUUACUAUUUUAGCAGAUCAAAGAGUUCACAGUGUCCAUAAUAUAUCUGUUCCGUAUAUAGAUUUGACAGACGAUGUGAUGCUAUGUCACUUACCUGGCUUGCUUAAAACAACACGGCCUAAAAAGACUGAUAGGACCUUGAUGUACAGGGCAUUCCCUUCUGACCCUGAUUUAUGCCCACUCCAAUGUACCAAAGCCUACCUGUCAAAAAGAGAACAAUUGAUAUCUAAGGAAAUUGCUCCGCUUUUUGUAACUUUUGGGAAACCUCAUCAUGCUGCCUCUAAGGAUACACUAUCAAGAUGGAUAAAAUCAGCUAUGACCUCAGCCGGUAUUGAUACCAGUGUUUUUUCCCCAGGCAGCUGUCGUUCAGCCUCUGGGAGUAAAGCAAAAAUUACCGGGAGAUGUUAUUGGUGUGUGACAAGUCUUCAUGAUCUUGGUGCCUCGCUCUUGGACUUAGUUAUGGAAGCGACAAGUCAUGAAUCUUAG